GAAGGAAAUGACAGAAUAGAGCAAAGCAACUACGGCACAUUAGUCAUAGUUACACUCCUUCAUUACUGCUUCAAAUUGAAAAAUGCCAACCACUGCACAGCUCACUGGAGUAAGUUCAGAGAGAACCGCACACAUUCAAAGAUACUCUUGCAGUGUCAUCGGAGAGGAAGAGUUUAGUCAAUUUGGAGGGGAUCAGAACCAGGUUACAGGCUGGGGAUUGAGACACUUCUCCUGUGGACCACUCAGAUUCUGUGUUUGUGCCUUGACACUGCCACCUUCAGAUGUCCUUGUUUGUCCCCUGCGGCCGGUGGAGCGUUUCCGUGACCUGCGUCCCGAGGAAGUGGCUGAUUUAUUUCGUACAGCGCAAAGGGUGGGGAACGUGGUGGAGAGACACUUCUGUGGAACCUCGCUCACCAUCUCCAUCCAGGAUGGCCCCGAAGCUGGACAAACAGUGAAGCAUGUUCAUGUCCAUGUGCUUCCGAGGAGGGCCGGAGACUUCAGCAGGAAUGACGACGUCUACGAGGAGUUGCAACGACAUGACAAAGAGGAUUCCCCUGACAAGUGGAGAACAGAAGAAGAAAUGGCAGCUGAAGCAGCAAUUCUGAAGAAGUAUUUUCAGGACAAUUAGAGGUAACAAAGUGUUUGAAACACAUCCAGUGACAUAAGGAAGUCCCCAGAAAGAAAGACUUCAUUCUCCAGUUCUCAGGGGCCCUGGAGCAGCAGCUCAAAAAUUUUAUUAUGUUCAACAAAUGUGGGAUUCUUCUAUGAAAAAUUUUAUUGGACCUUUGGAUAUCAUCAGGGUUGAAUUUCAGCUAAGACAACUAACAGCACUGGUUCAGAUAUUGCUCUGAGUAGUAACUCAUAUUUUUCUGAAUUGUGUACUUGGGAAUGAGUCUUUUUAAAUUGUCCCUCGGCCUAAAUUGAAAUAAAGUGCUAGCAAAAUCAGGUA